CCUCACAACCACACAACACACUACACAACCACAACCUCCAUCACCGGCGAUCAGCUUUGCGCGCGCUCGCACACCUGGUCGCCCGUCCAAUUCCAAACAGGGAAUACCUGCCACCAAUUCUUUUCCGCUUAAUUGAACCGAGCGCAUUCACCGCAGAAGAUGGAUCCAGGCCGCUCAACCGACGUGUCGCCAGAGGCGAUGCAGGCCCGCAUCCAGCAAGCACGUCGCGAAGCUGAGACGCUCAAGGAUAGAAUCAAGAGGAAGAAGGAGGAGCUGGCCGACACGACGCUCCGCGCCGUUGCCGCCCAGGCACAUGAGCCGAUUCCCAAGUCGCAGUUGAUGAAGCCGAAGAGGACAUUGAAGGGCCACCUGGCCAAGAUCUAUGCCAUGCAUUGGUCGACCGACCGGAGGCAUCUCGUUUCGGCAUCACAAGACGGCAAGCUGAUCAUCUGGGACGCCUACACAACCAACAAGGUCCACGCCAUUCCGCUCCGGUCGUCGUGGGUCAUGACUUGCGCCUACAGCCCGAGCGGGAACUACGUCGCCUGCGGCGGUCUCGAUAACAUCUGCUCCAUCUACAACCUCAACCAGAGUCGCGACGGGCCCACGCGGGUAGCCAGGGAGCUCUCGGGCCACGCCGGCUACCUCUCGUGCUGCCGCUUCAUCAACGACCGCACUAUCAUUACCUCGUCCGGCGACAUGACGUGCAUGAAGUGGGAUAUCGAGACGGGAAGCAAGGUCGUCGAGUUCGCCGACCACCUGGGCGACGUCAUGAGCAUCAGCCUUAAUCCGACGAACCAGAACACAUUUAUCUCGGGCGCCUGCGACGCGUUCGCGAAGCUCUGGGAUAUUCGCGCCGGCAAGGCCGUACAGACGUUCGCCGGCCACGAGUCCGACAUCAACGCGAUUCAGUUCUUCCCCGACGGUCAUUCGUUCGUAACAGGCUCCGACGACGCUACCUGCCGGCUCUUCGACAUCCGGGCCGACCGGGAGCUGAACUUCUACGGGUCGGAAUCAAUUCUCUGCGGCAUCACCUCGGUUGCCACGUCCGUAUCCGGGCGGUUACUGUUCGCCGGCUAUGAUGAUUUUGAAUGCAAGGUGUGGGACGUUACUCGCGGCGAGAAGGUCGGCUCCCUCGUGGGCCACGAGAACCGCGUCAGCUGUCUGGGCGUGUCAAACGACGCCAUAAGUUUGUGCACGGGUUCAUGGGACGCAUUCCUCAAGGUCUGGGCAUACUGAUUGCCCUCGCGAUGGUUAUACGACCUGCCCCCCCGACCUCGAUACCCAACCUUCGUUGUGCCGCUUGAGAAGACUAUUUCUGUGCCUCCCAUACCUGUUCAUAAUUCGCUCCCCGCCUUGUUGGCACGCCUGCUUAAUCUGUGGCUUGGCG